GAUGGCUUUGUCUCUAACCACUAGAAUCGGAUCUUCCGUCUUAAUACGGCGUCGUAUCCCCUUCGUAGGUGCGUUUUGCGUGCUAAGCUUGGGUUUAUCUUCCCUCUCAUCCUCGUCUUCGUUUAAACCGGGUUGUGCACAGUCUCUCUCUUUCGGCACUCUCUUAAGGUCUAAGUUUAGUAGUAAGGCUUCUUCAUCAUCAUCGGGUGGAACGAUCAAAAUGGAGGAAGGGAGCAAAACUGUGCCUAGCAUUGUUGUCUACGUCACUGUUCCUAACAGAGAAGCAGGGAAGAAGUUGGCUAAUAGCAUAGUCCAAGAAAAGCUUGCUGCUUGUGUGAACAUUGUACCUGGUAUUGAAUCGGUGUACGAGUGGGAAGGAAAGGUUCAGAGUGAUUCCGAGGAGCUCCUGAUAAUUAAAACAAGGCAGUCCCUUCUAGAGUCUCUAACCGAGCAUGUCAAUGCUAAUCACGAAUACGAUGUGCCAGAAGUUAUUGCAUUGCCUAUAACUGGUGGGAGCGACAAGUAUCUGGAAUGGUUGAAGAACAGUACAAGGAACUGAGACGUCGUAGCAGCCCACCAUCAAUGGCUUUGGAGUUUUGGUAUCUCAACAACCUAUGUGUUCCAAAUAAAGAGCUUUCCCCAUCUUUGGAUAAUGGCAUAGUGUGUGAUGUGUAAACUAAGACCAGUUCACUUAGUGUGUAAUAAAAUUUCUACUCAUUUAUGUGAACAUUAGCAAAAAGUUACAUAACCAAGUGCCAUCACCACAGCAUAGAGAAGUGUUCUUACAAAGAACAUUAGGUUCUUUUUAAGCUACAGAAUCAGUAACUGGCAGCUGAGACUGUUGUUCCUCCUGAGUCUGACUCUUCUUCUCAGUUUUAAACUGUCCGUAAAAGUAAGAAACGAAGCCCCAAAGGGAAAGGAACAGAGAUACACCUUUCCCCGCCUGAAACUUCUCCUUGAAGAAGAGGACAGCCAAGACCUCUGUCAACGGAAGCAGAGCACUGAUCAGAACUCCAGAGACGAGAGACGAUGCACAGAAGAUCAUCCCAAUAGACCCCAAGAAAAACCCUUGCCAGAUUAUAGCCGUGAACACAACCACCACACAGUAAUAC